AUGACGCUGCACCAAAGGAGAUCGAAUGUUUGGGAGCGGAUUAUGCCUGAACUAGCGAGCAAAAGUCGAUAUCUGAUGCAUCUGCUCCUGGCAUUGGGGGGCAUGCAUAUGAUUAAGCAGAAGGCCGAUGCCAUCGGGACUUCCGUUGAAUACUCAGAUACUGUGGACUUGGAAACCAUCAUGGUACAUCAUCAAAGAGGAUUGGAAGGCUUCAGAGAAGAAGUGUCCCGAAUCUCUCCCUCCAACGCUGAAUCUGUUUUCACAGGGUCUUUGCUUCUUGUUGCAUUUGCCUUUGCAUUCCUGAGGGUUCAGGGCCUUCACCCGCUUACUGGGGCAACCGAAGAGAUGAGCGGCACCAUGGCAACCCCUUCUUUGACGAAUGACACCCCGCGCCUCAACUGGUUAUACCUCAAUCGAGGUGUAAAUUCAGUGAUAGGUGAUCAAUGGUAUGCUUUGAAAAAUAGCCGGCUCCGGGCGAUAUUGAUAUUAUCACACACCGAUGAUUACUGGGAGGAUUCAUCAUCCUAUGCACCGUCUCGGCUUUCUCGUUGCUCACCCCGUCUAUUGAAAUUUGCCGAAGGUGCUCGUCAAGCAGUCGCUUCCAUCAAGGCUUCUCUGGACGCGCUUGGACCCCCUUUGGAUGACUUGUCCAGCUGCUCGGGCACGCCCACAUCCCAGCCUUCACCGUCUACGACUUUAGACUGGGCUCUAGAUGCACACCACGAGACGAUACGCAUACUGGACUCUGUUUAUUUGCGGAUUUUAUCAGUGUUGCGGUGUGCAGCAACCGAAAAUUCCACGGACAAGGAGAUCCAGGGGGGACUUUGA